AUGGAUGACAAUGAGCUCUCGCAAGAGCAAGAAGAGCACCAAUCGCGGUGGAGAUGGCGACGACGAAUCCCGUUUAUUGUGCUUUGUUUUGGAGUGGCGAUCGUACUUGGAGUAAUCAUUUCCGUUGUUCUCGUCGUCGUUCUCACACACAGGAAUAAACCAAAAGAUGUUCCCCCAGAAACCCCACCACCGAAACUCAUUUUUUCACUUCACCAAUAUGACGACACAGAAACACGGAGCUCUCGAUGGGCAAGGCUUGAUACAGAAAAGGAUGAGUGCUUCUCAUGUGAAGUCAUGCGGAAUUCAACCUAUAUGACAUUGGACAGAUUGCCUUUGUACGAGAAUGAGACAAUCCGAUUUUUCAUUUAUCAUUUAAAUGAAGGGAUUUUUUCUAACUCAUACACAAAAGAGGCGGCUCAGCGUUGGAUAAUGGAAUCGUACGAUUGCAAUUCGGCCACCAAUAAACAAGUCAAUGAAACAAAUGCAAUGGAGAUGCUCUUUCAACAGUCGGACUUGAGGAAAAAAGACACUUUCGUACACUUUGCACCUUGCAAAUUUAUCAAAAUCGACAAAGACAUGGGACCGGUUUUGCAAGAUAUGAAUGGAAUUGAUGCAACUAGUAAAAUCGUGAUUCAAAGAAGCGCCGCUGACAAUACGACCUAUGAUGGAUCAGUCGCCACAACGACCUCUGGCCCCCUGACGUGCCAGUUUUUCUUCUACUUGGACAUCUCCAGCUAUGCAAAGGACCAAGACAACGUGCAAAUUAUACAUGCUGACCAAAUAUCGAAAUUGCUCAGUCAAAGAGCGCCACCGGAUUCGCAAUUUGCUGCCGCCGCCUAUGGAAUUGUGGGAGUGACCACUCUGAGUCCGGACUUCAAGCCGGAGAGUGAAUUCGAGGACCAAUUGAGACAAAUUGCACAGGAUUAUAUUAAUGGUCCAAAUGGACAGAUCAGUAUUUCAACCGCUGUCAUAUUGAUGAACCGAAAUUUGAAUGCCUCAAUUGUGACGAUGCUCUACACAAACAGUGCCCAGAAUACUAUUGACGUAGUUGGCCAAAACGACUUUUACCAACGAACGAUUGGGCUCGGAAUUUCAGGCCAAAACAUGUUGCCAGCUGCUGUACUCGGGAGAAAUAUCAGCAUGAAUCAAUCCGAUUUGGAUGAAGUGGCUGACUCUUUAGUGUCACUGUGUCAGGUCACCUCUGCUACAUCAACCUCUACAAUCACCCCAACAACUGUCGCAUCUGUGCCUUGCCAGAUCUUCUUCUACUUGGACAUCUCAUCGUAUGCAGACGACUUGGCUACUCAAGAAUUCGGGAUCCCAGAGAUGGUCAAAGAUGAACUCAAAAACAGAAAUGAAGUUGCCCCACGAUACGCCGCCCAGGCAUACGGUGUUAAGUCUCAACUAAAUCCACCUGUGUUUGGUGAUGAGAAUGAUUUGGCUGAUCAGUUAGGACUAAUUUCUACGGAUUUAACUACGGGACCUCGUUUGCAAAUGAGUGUGCAAAGUGCUGUGGCCGCUAUGUCGAUCAACUUGACUGCCACAAGUGUGAACUUUUUAUUCACAAACAGUCCUCAAUCCUACAUCAGCCCUGGAUCAAAUAUUUUCUCCAAGACCACUCUUGGCUUUGCUCUUGGAACUCAAAAUAUGACCCCUAUUGCCGUGGUUUCUCGAAAUCUUGGAGCAUCGGCAGCGGACUUGGCACAAGAUGUUGUCACUCUUUGCCUAAACAUUGCCAAUCCGACUACCAUGUCAACAACGACGACAACUACCACUACUACAACAACGACUACAACAACAACGACUACGACCACUACGACAACCACAACCACAACCACAACUAGCACUACCACCACAACCACCACAACCACUAUUACCACACAAACUACACUCACUUCUGAAAGUACCACAACUGCACCAAGUUCCACGGCUUCAGAGACAGAAACGACUUCCACUACAACAACGACUACAACAACGACUACAACAACGACUACAACUACUACUAUGACCACAACAAGCUCAUCCACUACUCCCGCUGCUAAUCCCAGUUGUGUCAUUUUCUUCUAUCUCGAUGGAUCCGAUAAAGGAAGUGCAGAUAAUGGCCUUGUGCAACAGUAUUCCAAGAUUGAAGAAAUCUUGGGCACUUCACCAUUCUUUGUUUCGGCCACUUAUGCUGCAGCUGCUUAUGGCCAACUUCCUGAUGUCCCACUCACUUUGAGGGCCACUAAUCGAAAUGGAUUGGAUGAUGAUUUGUCGAUAAUUCUUAGCGGCACUAGUACAUCACAGACAGUUCAAAGAGCCAUCACCGAGAUGAAUUCGAACGCCAACUUGAAUAGCAGUUUUGUCACAAUUUUGUUCACAAACAGCGAUCAAGCGGAUAUCGACAAUGCUCCAACCAACAACUAUAAGCCAAAAACUUUGGGCAUCGGAAAUACAAGGCAACUGAUGGAAAAUGUUGCUGGCUAUGCAUUUUAUCUAAGUUCUGAUGCAAAUCAGAUUUCGAGCACCAUCAUUUCUCUUUGCAAUGUCGAUGUGUCCGACGCAGUGGGCUCGAUCACCCCGGAAACCAUUACCUCGCAAGCAUCAGCAAAAAAUCUGUUCGAUGAUCCAACACUGCAAUUCACAGCAGCAGUCUGGUCUUAUGGAGAUUAUGCUCAAAUUGGAGAUUUGCCCGAGGAUUUUGUCAACACUUUUGUCGAUUUCGAUGCUUUGUUUGAUGACCUGUAUAAGACUGGAGGGACUGACGAUGUGAAAUUCGUUGCAACGAAAGUGAAUGCUUGGGAUAAGACUAACACUGUCAUUGUUUUGUUCACAGCCAGUCCUCAGUCAGCCAUCAAUGAUGCCUCAAAAACUUAUCAACGCUUCAGUGCUACUGUCGGAAUCUCUACAACAGCAAAAGACAUGUCACCUCUUGCUGCGAUUACAGCAGAUUUCUCUAAUCCGGCAGAAUUUCCGGCAGCCAUUAGGCAAACUUGCGUAAACUUGCUCUCGGCAACAACGACAACAGCUGAAUCAACGACAACCGCUGGAUCAACGACAAUUGGAACGACUGGAACUGACUCAAAGGAAACUUCAACUUUGGCUGAGACUUCAACGAACACCGUUUCAAUUUCGAGUACAGCUGAGAUAGAGACAACGGAACUGACUGAAGAAUCAACAACAUCUACAUAUUUCACUAGCUCAAUAAUUUCUUCACAAACGUCAACAGAUUUCACACAACCGGCUGAGCUAACUUCCACAAGUGCAGAACUGACGUCAACCACUACUCCAAUACCACCACCGUGUCCAGUCUUCUUUUAUAUUGACGGAUCUGCAGCGAAAACUGUAAUUGACCAACAAAAGGCUCUUACCCAAACAGUGGCUAGCUCAAUGUAUCAAACUCAUGAGUGGCGUUUCCUUAGCUCUGUUAGUGCAUUUGGAGAGUUUACAAUUGGUGACCCGGACCCUAGCACUCUUAUCGAAAAUUUUCCGAAUUUUGCAUCAACUCUCGGUUCAUUGCACUUUUCUUUUCCAUCAGGCGAUGAUGUUACAAGUGCCAUUGCCACAAUGAACGGGGAUUCUGAUUUUGGAAAUGUGUUAACAAUUCUUUUCGUAGCUGCACCCCAAUCUACAAUUGAUCAAGCAAAUGCUAGUCUCUACAAAGGCUUCACAUAUGCUAUUGGAAUGAUGGGCAAUCAAGAUCUCACCCGGCUAUCCUAUGAUAGUGACGAUUAUACCACGGAUCCCGAUAUCCUAGUUACACUACCUCAAGCGAUUAAUGCUUUUUGCACAAAGCUUGUAAACCCACAAACAACAUCUACAGGCAGCACUGGAUCAACUCAAAGUCAACCCACGGAUUCAACGGUUACUGAUUUGAGCUCAAGCCCUCAAACUGCAAGCUCAACACAAUCAUCAACAGGAUCUCAAAGUUCCACGAGUUCUCAAUCUGGAAGUAGUUCAAUGAGCUCAAACGCUAUGACUUCAACGGCACGCUCAACGAGCUCGAAUCCAUCCGAUCCAACAUCAUCAACUGAUUUUGCUAGUUCAUCAAGUUUCGCAUCAACGACCGGGAAUCCAAGCUCAUCAAGCAGCUCAACCGCUCAGACUGAUUCCGGGAGUUCUUUGAGCUCUCAGGCUUCCACCUCAUCGGCAUCAAGU